GGUAAACCCUUUUUAGUUUCAUUCAACAAAGCAAACUAGAUCUUUGACAUUUCUACUUGAAACGUAAGACUCAAUCAAAAAUUUUGAACUCAUAAUUCAUUGACCGAUUUGCACACAUGUCUUGUCGAUGGUUUGGUUACCCAAAAAAUGAACCAUUGCUCUUUCGGAAUUAAGAACAUGGCCACAGAAAUUUUGUUUGUUCUUCUGGUUAUGCAAUCAUUCACUAAAACUGCCUCCCAACUACAUAGAACUUCCACGAUUCAAUUAGGCUCUUCUCUUUCACCAAACAACAACUCCUACUGGGUUUCAAACUCUGGCCAGUUUGCUUUCGGAUUCUACAGGCAAGGAAAUGGUUUCUAUAUUGGAAUCUGGUUCGAGAGAAUCGACCAGAAAACUGUUGUUUGGACAGCAAACAGAGACACUCCACCCCUUCCCCAUGACUCUGUUUUGCUUCUUAGCCAUGAUGGAAAACUCAUUUUGAAAGAUGAAAAAGGUUCACACACACCCAUUUCUAAUUCCUCUGUUCCUGCUUCCUCUGCUUCCAUGCUCGACACUGGAAACUUCGUCCUCUACGAUAAGAAUUCGACGAUAGUAUGGCAGAGUUUCGAUGUUCCAACAGAUACCCUUUUGUACAAGCAACCUCUGUUUCCUACGAAAGAGCUCGUCUCCGGCGAGUCGGAGACGAAUCCUGCAAGUGGAAGAUUUCGACUGAGGAUGCAGAGGGAUGGGAAUCUUGUUCAAUACCCUGUAGACACUCCAACUCAACCCCAGUAUGCUUAUUGGGCAUCUGGAACAUUCACCUUUGGAGACAAUGUGACUCUGAAUCUCGAUCGAAAUGGGCAAAUUUACCUUGUUAAUUCGACCGGUUAUAGGACCAAUGUUAGUGGAACUUUUGCUGACAAUCUUGUAUACCGUUUGACAGUUGAUGUAGAUGGUAUACUAAGAUUGUACUCUCAUGGUUUAGUUCAGAACCAGAACUGGUCCGUCGAGUGGUCUUCGACCAGUGACAAGUGUGUUCCUCUGGGCUCGUGCGGCUUAAAUGCAUAUUGUAUUUCCACAUAUGAGGGCCCUUCUUGUCAAUGUCUUCCCGGUUUCGAUUUCGUCGAUGGAAAUCGGAAGAAUUUAGGCUGCAAGAGGAACUUCAGCAUAGAUUGUGUAGCAGAGGACGAAGAACAUGCAUAUUCCAUUACAGAGUUGAAUGAGAUGAGGUUAGAAGAUGAUCCUUAUUCAACUUUCUUUGCCAUUAACAAAUCUGUAUGCGUGGAGAAUUGUCUGAGAGACUGUAACUGCGAAGCUGCGUCGUUUAAGAACCUAAGAUGCAGUAAGCAAAAGCUUCCUUUGAGAUUCGCAAGACCUCGGAAACGCAAAGGACCUCCAUGGACAACCUUUAUCAAGAUAGGAAAUGGGAGUUCAGCUGGCAUUUUCUUUUUCAGAUUGCGUGUUUGGGAAUACAGGAAAGUUUCGCAUCAAGGAAGUGAAUUAGGAUUGGUUGAAGAUUUCAGUCUCCGACCAUAUUCAUUUCAUGAAUUGGAAAAUGCCACGAAUGGAUUCAGCGACCAAGUUGGCGAAGGAGCAUACGGGACGGUUUUCAAAGGUGUUUUAGCAUCUAACCUCGGCGGUGAUAUGAAAACCGUCGCCGUUAAAAGGCUCGAGAGAGUCGUGGCGGAUGGAGAAAGAGAAUUCAGAAACGAAAUGAAAAUAAUCGGAAAAACCCAUCACAAGAAUCUUGUCAAAUUGCUUGGUUAUUGCCAUGAAGGAGCUCACAGACUGCUAGUUUACGAGUUCAUGAUCAAUGGUUCACUUGCGGAUUUCCUUUUUGAAUCAGAAAAAAGACCAAAUUGGGAAGAAAGAAUCCAAAUUUCCAUAAACAUAGCCAGAGGAAUACUCUACUUGCACGAAGAAUGUGAAACACAGAUAAUCCAUUGCGAUAUCAAACCGGAAAACAUCCUCAUGGACGAUCAGAAACAAGCAAAGAUUGCGGAUUUCGGAUUGUCCAAGUUAUUGAUGCCGAACCAAACUAGAACAUACACUGGUUUUAGAGGAACAAGAGGGUAUGUAGCUCCUGAAUGGCAUAAGAACAUGGCGAUAACAGUGAAAGCGGAUGUCUACAGUUUUGGAAUCGUAUUGCUGGAGAUCAUUUGCUGUAGGAGGAGUGUGGAUCUGGGAGUUCCUGAAGCUGAAGAAAUCCUCACGAAUUGGGUUUGGGAUUGCUUUGCAAUUGGUGAAGUUGAUAAGCUUGUGAAACAUGGUGAAGAUGAAGAGUGUGUUGAGAAAGAGAGAUUGGAGAAGAUGAUAAAGGUGGGGCUUUGGUGUAUACAAGAAGAUCCUUCACUUAGACCUUCAAUGAAGAAUGUGGUUUUGAUGUUGGAAGGGACUGUUGAAAUUCCAGACCCUCCUAGUUCUGCGUCUUUUCUUAGUGCUGUUUGAUCAAAAAUUUUGAUUCAAACUUGAAAAACAUUCAGAAAUUAAUGAGCAAGAGAUUUUGUACAAUGUCUUUCAUUUUCAAUUUAAUUAGCUUUUUAAAUAUAUUA